UAUAUUUUGUGACUCUACAUCUAGAUGCCAAUAAAUUUUUAAAUAAACAAAAUAUUAUAAUUAAUAAAAUUUAUAUUUUUUUGAAUUAUUUUUCUUAUUUAUUAUAAUGUCAGUCUCUGAGUUUUUAAAAGGACUUCCGUCACAUGAUGAAAAUAAUUUUUCAAAUUUUCAUACUGACAAUGGAAAUAGAACGUGCGUUAAAAGGCCAUCAGUUUAUUUACCCACUAAAGAUUAUCCUUCUCAACAAGUAAUUGUCACUGAAAAAACGACAAUAUUAUUACGUUAUCUCCACCAACAAUGGGACAAAAAGAAUGCUGAAAGAAAACGUGAUCUGCUAUCAACAAUUGGCGGAAAUGAUCAGUCCGAAGAAGUGACAGUACGACGCUGUAAAAGACCACGUCUCAAUUUAACAAAUUCUCAAUAAUAUUUUAAAUUACCUCAACAUUUUUUUGUUUUUCCUCAAUAAUUAACACAACUUACAAUUAAAUCAAUUAUUUAAUUUUUUUUUGACAGAUCACACGCUACAUUCCAAAUACGCGGCAUGUUUACAUUUAAAUUAAUUUUUUAAAACCUCAUUUUUAUUAAAUUAUCAAUUAUAAAAAUAUUUUCAUAUUCAUUAAUUACUCAAUAUUAAUUAAUAUAAUAAUAAUGCGUAAUGUAAUUGUAAUUAUAUGUAAUGUAUUUGUGUGCAAUGCGUGUGAAUUUUAAAUGCCGCAUUACCAAUAAAUUUAAUUAUUAU